GCGAAAACCGCGUGUAUAAAAGUGGGGAUGAAGUUUUGGCACGUGAACGAAGCGCACGCGACCGACAGGCAACGCUGAAGAGGUGACGAAGUGAUGGCUCCUAGCACGCGCACACCGACUCCGGAGAAAAACGAGAAACCCAGAUUAAGGAAGCCGGCGGUGGAGAAAAUGCGCAGAGAUCGCAUCAACACAGGGAUCGAGCGCCUGAAACUGCUGCUUAAGGACAAACUGAAUCCCAAACCCAAGCUGGAAAAAGCGGACGUUUUAGAAACGGCGGUUGCUUACUUGAAACAAAGCAAGGCGGUGGCACGCGCAUCUCCGGAGCAGUGCUACGCUGACGGCUUCGCGCGCUGCUUGGAAGAGACCGCGCGCUUCCUCACGGUGCAUAACCGAGUCGAAACGGGCAAACACAUCAUGAUGAGCAGUCUGGGUCAUGCCAUACAUCCCAGAGCGACCGGAAGUAUCAGCAUGAGUGUGAAUGAUGUCAAGAGCAGCCCUGAAUGCACGGGAGCAGUUUGGAGACCGUGGUGAUUCCCAGCAAUAACAAAAACAAGACACUUACUCAGCCAUGCUCAUGGUGUUACUGCAUAGAGUGUCACAGUGUUAAUGCAAACAGCAACUGUUUUAGUGCACAGAACUUCACAUGUGAAGAUAAUAAUUCUUUACAAAUUGUAAAAUAAUAAUAAUAAUAAUAAUAAUAAUAGUAAUAAUAAUAAUAAUGGCUUAGUGCUCAGCCCUGUUGCCUCACACCUCCGGGGUUAGGGUUUCGAUUCCCGCCUCAGCCCUGUGUGCGCAGAGCUUGCAUGUUUCCCCCUAUGCUUCAGGGGUUUCAUCCGGGUACUCCGGUUUCCUCCCCAGUCCAAAGACAUGCGCUGUAGGCUGAUUGAUUGGCAUUUCCAAAUUGUCCAUAGGGUGCGAAUGAGUGUGUGUGCGAUUGUGCCGUGUUGGAUUGGCACCCCGUCCAGUGUGUCCCCCGCCUUGUGCCCCAAGUCCCCUGGGUUAGGCUCUAUGCUCCCCAGUGGCCCUGUGUAGGAUAAGUGGUGCAGAGAAUGGAUGGAUGGAUGGAUGGAUGGAUGGAUGGAUAAUAAUAAUAAUAAUAAUAAUAAUAAUAAUAAUAAUAAGCCAUGUCUAGAAGGGGGAGGGUGUGGAUCACUGUAAGGGCUCUGAGUAGUCACUAGGCCCAAAAAUGUUCCACGAGAAUAGAAACUGUGUGGUAUGGGAAGCCCAAAAGUCAUGUGUUUGUAUUCCUGUGAAUAUUGUCUAUAGAGACUUUGAUUAAUAUUGUUAUUAUUAUUGCAUGUAUAUGAUCUAUCAUAUUGAUAGAAUGGUCAAAGUAUGUCUGUAACAAGACAAUAAAAAGUAACCUGGAUGUUAA